AUGACGAAGCUGCCGAAUCCACCUCUGGACUGCAUUUCGCGCGUGCGUUUUGCGCCAGCAGAAGGAAACUGUCAAUUUCUGGCUGCGUCCUGGGACGGAACCGUGCGACUCUACGAUGCCGGGACGCAGCGUCUCCUGGGCCAGCACAAGCAGCCGUUGCCGGUCCUCGAUGCAGCUUUCUUCGAGGAUUCUCUGAAAUGCGUUGCCGCCGGGCUGUCGAAGAAGAUCAUUCUCUCUGACUUCUGCAGCCAUCGUGAUACAUGCAUCGGGGAGCAUCGCGAGGCCGUGAAGUGCCUGGAGUACGACAGCGAGCACCGCCAAAUUCUCUCUGCGUCCUGGGACAAGAUGCUCUGCGCAUGGGAUUCUCGCCGACCGGGUGAAGCAAGCGCCAGCGCGAAACUCGGGGCGAAGGCUUUCAGCAUGGACGCCAAAGGCAACAAAGUCAUUGUCGGCGCGUCCGAUCGAUGUCUCCACGUCUUCGAUCUGCGGAAACUGUCGCAACGCAUGGAGAAACUCGAGAGCCUGCUUAAAGUCCAGCUCCGCUGCGUCAAGAUCGGCCCAGAUGAGCACCACGCGGCUGUCGGCAGCGACGAGGGGCGCGUGGCGCUUGAGCCACUGUGUCGCAGCCGGCCUCCCGGCGACUCUGUGCGUUAUGCAUUCAAAUGCCACCGUACCAAAACGGACGGCAAAGAAGUUGCGCAUCAGGUGAAUGCAAUCGCUUUCCAUCCCGCCUAUGCCACGUUUGCAACGGGAGGUGGCGAUGGCUCCACGUGCUUUUGGGAUGGCUUCGCGCGGAAGCGCUUGGCCAAGCUGGGCCCUUUCUCCACGUCCGUCUCGAGCCUCGACUUCUCCGCUGACGGUGCCUUGCUGGCCGUCGCGGUUUCCUAUGCCUUCGAGGAGGGAGAGCGCUGCCCUCCCCCGGUUCCCUCCCUCUUCGUCCGCGCCGUCGAACCGGCGGAUGUGCGCCCCAAGGAGGGAUAG